AUGACUGCCGUCAACGUACAAACUUCUGACGCCGUCCAAAAUAGUCUGCAAAAAAAGAGCAAACGACUGAAGAUUUUUAAGGUGCUGAGGAAGAUGUACAAGAUCGAUAAUGCAAGGCCCAGAAGGUCGAACCAUGGGUCGUGGGUCAAUGCUAUGGAUAAUCAGGUCGUCAAAAAUAGGACGCCUAUUUUCAGGAUUGGGGAGUAUGAGAACAAUGAUUAUUCCAUUAAUAUGACGUCAGGAAAAGAUACAAAAAUACAAAGAAGACAUGACAAAGAACAAAACAAAAGUGUGGCAAGAAAAUGUUUAAACCAAGUAGAAACUUACUGUGACAACACCACCCUCCAUGGACUUCGAUACGUUGGCGAUACUUCACUGACGUUGGGAGAGAGAUUGUUUUGGUUGUUGUCCUUUUCGAUUGCGAUAUUUUUCGCCGCCUACUACAUCUCUAACAUCUACAAGAAGUGGAACUCAAGCCCUGUAAUAAUCAGCUUCAGCCCAUUUGAUGCUGACCUCACUAACAUCCCCUUUCCCGCCAUCACCAUAUGCAACAUGAACCAAGCCAAGAAGUACGAAGCUGAAAAAGUAAUCAAAGAAGGACCAGACAUCGAGAAGAGGAUCUUGUACGGUUUGUGCAAUGCGGACAACGCCACUUUGGAAACUACCAAGAAAGAAGACACAAGAUGGGAAACACUCAGAGACUUCCUUAUAAGAGUGGGCUCUUCAUGCGAAAAUAUGCUUCGCCUUUGCAAAUGGAGAAACGAAAUAGUAAGUUGUGAGGCCGCUUUCAACAAUGACCUAACUGAUGAAGGACUUUGCUGCUCAUUUAAUCGAUUACCCGACAACAAAAUUUACAGAAACACCAAAGACAUAGGUGUCUUAAAUCGCACCUACCCAGAAAAAGUGUACGACUGGAGUCCCGAAAAGGGCUUCACCGAAGAUGAAACUGGAGACGAUGAUUACAUACCCAGAAGGCCUUUAGGUGCCGGAGCCCAUUUAGGGCUGACGGUAAUUUUGGACGCACAAAUAAACGAGUACUUUUGUUCAUCCACCAGUAGCAUUGGCUUCAAGGUAAUAUUGUCGAACCCGCUGGAAACGCCCAAGAUGGCGGAUUUUGGAUUCUUGGUGAGCCCAGGAACCGAGACCAGAUUUGCUGUGGUUCCUUCAAUAAGGGAAGCAACAGAUACUUUAAGAUCCAUCGAGAUUGAAAAGAGACAAUGUUACUUUGCCAGUGAAAGACCACUGAGAUAUUACAGAACUUACACCCAGAGGAACUGCAAUUUAGAAUGUUUGUCAAAUUAUACCCUGCGUAAUUGUCUCUGUGUGCCCUACUUCUUGCCCAGAAGUAAGAAUAUUAAAGUCUGUGGUCUAGACAAAGACACUUGUACCACAAAAUCGAAGAAAAAUAUGGAACAAACCAACGGCAAUGCGUAUAUUAUUUCUGUAUUUUAUGGACUUCAAAAAUAAAUACAUUUUGCUUCUAGAUCUAGUUGCCAUUGCUUACCAGGGUGCUAUGAAGUCAUGUACUCGGAAUCCAAGUCAUCCGGUACUUUAUCGACCAAGUUGGAUUUUAGGGAAAACGUACUGUUUGAAAAUAUUGGCAACUAUUCCAGUCAAUACAUUGUGGAGAACAUGGUGGUUGCCCAUUUUUACUUCACUUCAGAAAAGUUCACCAAGCAACUUAAAAGUGAACUCUAUGGAUUCACAGAAAUAUUAUCUAAUGUUGGAGGAUUAUUGGGGCUAUGUCUGGGUUUCAGUUUCCUUAGUUUUGUUGAGCUCCUGUACUUUGUAACCAUCAGAGUGUGCUGCAAGAUCUUAAGAAUGAAGAGGAAAAGGAACAGACAUGUCGAAGCUUUGGAAAAAAGUAGUUCUUCAAUGUAUCCUUAUGUCAGAUGAAGGUAUUUAAAAUAUUAAUAGAUAUAACUGUUGAUAAUUUAUU